GCCUCUCCGACGAGCUCGCGGCGACCGGCCGGCGAGGCGACUCCGACGAGGAUGGACGCCUCCGCCUUCGCCCCCGGCGGGCAGCUCUUCUCCGUCGACCCCCUCGAGCGGCACGCCGCGAGGGGCCACGGGGUGGUCACCUCCAUGGCCGCCGGCAGCGACGUCAUCGUCCUCGGCACCUCCCGCGGCUGGCUCGUCCGCCACGACUUCUCCUUCGAGGACGCCCACGAUCUCGACCUCGGGAGCGGCCGCUCCGGCGAGCACUCCGUGCACCGCGUGUUCCUCGAUCCCGGCGGUAAGCACUGCGUCGCCACGGUGAUCCACCCGGGGGGCCCCGAGACGUACUACCACCACGCCAGGUGGCCGCGCCCCAGGCUGCUCCCCCGCCUCCGUAACUCCCUCGUCAAUGCCGUCGCUUGGAACCGCCAAACCAUCACUGAAGCCUCGACGAAGGAGAUGAUCCUGGGGACAGAGGAUGGGCAGAUCUUCGAGGUGGCAGUAGAUGAAGCCGACAAGAAGGAGAAGUAUGUCAAGUUCCUCUUUAAGCUCUCUGAACUGGAAGAGGGCAUCAAGGGCCUGCAGAUGGAGACCACCAUGGUUGGGAACGCCACAAGGUUCUAUGUGAUGGCUGUCACGCCGACACGCCUGUACUCAUUCACAGGCAUAGGUUCAUUGGAAACUGUUUUUGCUAGCUAUUCUGAUCGUGCGAUACACUUUAUGGAGCUCCCAGGAGAUAUUCCAAGUAGUGAAUUACAUUUCUUUAUCAAGCAAAGAAGAGCUAAACAUUUUGGAUGGCUCUCUGGUUCUGGAAUUUACCAUGGUGAACUUAAUUUUGGAGCUCAACACAGCUCUACUAGUGGGGAUGAGAACUUCGUCGAAAAUAAAGGUUUUUUUGACUACUCAAAAUUGGGAGAAUCUGGCACCAAGCCAAGGUCAUUUGCAUUGUCUGAAUUCCACUUUCUGCUUCUGAUAAGGGACAAGAUUAAGGUAGUGAAUAGAAUCAGUCAGCAAAUAGUGGAGGAACUUAUAGUUGAUAAUUCACCAGAAAUUUCAAAAGGAAUCAUUGGACUUUGUAGUGAUGCAUCAACUGGGCUUUUCUAUGCAUACGACGAGAAUUCUAUAUUCCAGAUUUCAUCUUCUGAUGAGGGUCGUGAUAUGUGGCAAGUAUACUUGGACAUGAAAGACUAUGCUACUGCACUGUCUCAUUGUCGUAAUUCCUUCCAGAGGGACCAAGUCUAUCAAGUGCAGGCUGAUACUGCAUUCAAUACAAAAGAGUACUAUAUAGCAGCUUCCUUCUAUGCAAAGAUGAAUUAUAUCCUAUCAUUUGAGGAGAUCAGCUUAAAAUUUAUAUCUGUUGGUGAGCAGGAUGCUCUCAGGACUUUCUUGUUGAGAAGGCUUGAUAACCUAACUAAAGAUGACAAGAUGCAGAUUACGAUGAUCUCGACUUGGGCUACUGAGCUGUACUUGGACAAGAUUAAUCGCCUCCUGUUGGAAGAUGGCACAGGAACCAGUUCAAAUGCUGCAGCAGAGUCUAAAGACUCAGAAUAUCGUUCAAUAGUAACUGAAUUCCGUGCAUUCCUAAGUGAUAGCAAAGAUGUAUUAGAUGAGGCAACAACAAUGAGACUGUUGGAAAGUUAUGGGAGAGUGGAUGAGCUGGUUUAUUUUGCUGGUUUAAAGGAGCAAUAUGAAAUUGUGGUUCAUCAUUAUAUUCAGCAAGGAGAAGCAAGAAAAGCAUUGGAAGUUCUUCAACGACAUAAUGUUCUAGUAGAACUUGUGUACAAAUUUGCUCCAGAUUUAAUCAUGUUAGAUGCUUAUGAAACUGUUGAAUCAUGGAUGAUGGCAAGAAAUAAGUUGAAUCCAGGGAAGCUUAUACCGGCAAUGAUGCGUUAUGUGAGCGAACCACAUGCCAAGAACGAAACACAUGAAGUUAUCAAGUACUUGGAAUUCUGUGUCAAAGAUUUGAACAAUGAGGAUCCCGGAGUGCAUAAUUUGUUGCUCUCACUAUAUGCCAAGAAGGAGGAUGAGUCUCAGCUUUUGCAAUUCUUGGACACUAAGUUUGGUAAAGGACAAACAAAUGGCCCCGAUUUCUUUUAUGACCCCAAGUAUGCUCUGCGUCUAUGUCUUCAAGAGAAGAGAAUGCGUGCUUGUGUUCGUAUCUACAGCAUGAUGUCCAUGCACGAAGAAGCUGUUGCACUUGCAUUGAAGGUGGACUUGGAGCUUGCAAAGGCAGAGGCAGAUAAAGUUGAAGAUGAUGAAGAGCUUAGAAAGAAACUGUGGCUUAAGGUUGCAAAGCAUGUCAUUGAGCAAGAGAAAGGAGUCAAGAGAGAGAACAUAAAGAAAGCUAUAGAAUUCCUAUCAGAGACUAACAACUUGUUGAAGAUUGAGGAUAUCCUGCCAUUUUUUCCAGACUUUGUAUUGAUUGAUGACUUUAAAGAGGAAAUAUGCAAAUCUCUCAAGGACUAUGACAGCCAAAUUGAGCAGCUGAAACAGGAGAUGGAUGAUGCUACUCGAGGGGCAGACAACAUCAGAAGUGACAUCGGUGCCCUUGCUCAGAGAUACACUGUAAUUGAUCGUGAGGAGGAAUGUGGGGUGUGCAAGCGCAAAAUAUUGACUGCUGGAGGAUUGCACCAGGUAGGAAGAAGCUAUACAUCUGCUGGACACAUGGCCCCCUUUUAUGUGUUCCCUUGUGGACAUGCCUUUCAUGCGAAUUGUUUGAUUGCACAUGUAACUCGUUGUAGGAGCCAAGAGCAAGCUGAAAAAAUACUGGACCUCCAAAAGCGACUUAGCCUAAUGGACAGAAAAGCAGCAAAGGACAAUGGUGGAAACAUGAAUGGUGAAUCUGUCAUCAGCACGACGCCAAUUGACAAGUUGAGGUCCCAGUUGGAUGAUGCUGUAGCGAGCGAGUGCCCCUUUUGUGGCGAUUUGAUGAUCAAGGAGAUCUCAUUGCCUUUCAUUCUCCCUGAAGAAUCUGAUGAAAAGGCUUCAUGGGAAAUUAAGCCGCAGCCAACGGGUCAGAAGAUUCUUCCAAUGACCAUGUCGAUAUGAUGCUAUGAUUAGUAAAAACCUGAGAUGGAGUAGAAUGUUUCUUGAGUUAGUGUGAAUUUUGUAAUGCUACAUAUACUCUUUUAUAUCCAAUUUCUGGCUGGGUGACUCUGGUUUUUUAUGAUUGCCCAGCUCGUGUAUCUUCCUCGAUCAUCUGACGGGUAGAACACUGUUAUCUAGAACAUUGUGGCUGCUCUGUCAAUAGUUUGUGAUUUGUGUAUAGAAAUAACAUCAGCUUCCACUGCACUUGGGCACU